AUGUUAAUAGACUUUGGUCAUUUCUCUGUAACAGCAUCCAACUAUACAUUUACUCAACUCACUGCCUUUCUGCUGACUGGUGUCCCAGGACUAGAAGAAUUCCAUAUUUGGAUCUCCAUCCCUUUUGGCUUCAUGUACCUCUUGGCCAUGAUAGGCAACGGUUUGGUUAUGGCCGUGGUGGCCUGCGACAGAAGCCUUCAUGAACCCAUGUAUCUCUUCCUGGCCAUGCUAGCAUUCAACGAUGUUCUCCUUUGUACUGUCACAGUGCCUAAAAUGCUCCUUAUCUUCUGGAAGGGCCCUUCCCCAUCAACGUUUCAUGCUUGCCUUACUCAGAUGUUUUUCGUUCAUGCUCUGUUCCUCUCUGAAUCUGCUAUUCUACUGGCCAUGGCUUUUGAUCGCUAUGUGGCUAUCUGUGCACCACUACAUUAUACUACCCUGCUCACAGGCUCUCUCAUUGGUAAGGUGGGUCUGGCUUUGGUGGCCCGGAGUGUGGCUGUAGUCAUCCCCGGUGUCCUACUCAUUUUCCGGCUGCACUUCUGCCGGAGCCACAUUAUUCACCAUACCUACUGUGAGAACAUGGGCAUUGCCAAAUUGGCCUGCAAUAGCAUUGUCCUUAACAGCGUUUAUGGUCUCACUGCUGCUCUCCUUACCACAGGAUUGGACUUUGUCUUCAUCUCUCUCUCCUACUGGUUAAUCUUGAGGACAGUCUUCCAACUACCUUCUAGGGAAGCCCGGGCAAAGGCCUUUGGAACCUGUGGAGCCCACAUAUGUGUCAUAUUGAUAUUCUAUACUCUGGCCUUCUUUUCAUUUUUUACCCACCGCUUUGGACACCAGGUACCCAGGCAUACCCUGAUCCUCCUGGCAAAUCUCUAUUUGCUGGUGCCACCUACCAUGAACCCCAUUAUUUAUGGGAUAAAGACCAAAGAGAUAAGGAUGAGAGUACUAGGGCUUUGUAGGCAACCAAAAUGA